ACUCAUUGGAUCCUACCUCCUAAUAGGAACUCCUGGGACUAAAAUCCCCUACCCAUUGCAGAUAAAUGAUGCUGUGCAUGAUCUAAGCUGAGGACUAGAGAAGACUUACCUGGGAAUUUCCAUCAUGCUCCCAGUGGGGAUCAUCCUGCUCCUUUCACAUGCUGUUGACUUCUUAUCUGCGAACUCUACGGAACCAUUUGAUUGCAUUUUGGCUGAAGAGAAAUGUUUGCAAGAUUCUCGCUGCAAGGUCAGCUACCAUGCUUUCAAGAACUGCUCCCGCACAAAUGUCAUGGACCAAGUUAAUUCUGUAAAGUGUAAAGAAGCAGCUGAGGUUCUUUCCCAGAACUCUGUAAUGCAAUGCAAAUGUCAACGACGAAUGAAGAAGGAAGAGCAUUGUUUGAAUAUUUACUGGACUCUUCACCCAGACUAUGUUUAUGGUUACCUGGAUUCAUACAACUCUCCAUAUGUAGAUGAGAAAGUAGACAAGAAGGGGGCAGAUGAACAUGCUCAUCUGGCUGCUGAUCGUGCCCAAUAUAGAGAGACAAAUGGUUGCUUGAAGGAAGCAAAUAUUUGCAGUUCCAACCGCAAGUGCUUCAAAUUAAGGAGUGAUUAUGGAAUGCACUGUGCCAGAUCCUGUGACCGACAUAAAUGUCACCAUUAUCUCAGAGAAUUUUUUAAAAAAGUGCCGAUGGAAUUUACAAAGAGGCUUUUAUUUUGCGAGUGCAACCAGGAAAGUAACUGUGCAGAACGCAGACGACAAAAUAUUGUGCCUAAGUGUUCUUUUGAGGAAAAGGUCAAGAAAAACUGCUUGGAGCUCCGUGACACCUGUCUGAGUAAUAAUUUAUGCAAAUCACGUUUUCUUGACUACCUAAAACAUUGCCAACUCCUUAACAAAAAGACAGGCAGUUGCCCUCAAGAAAAUCACAGUCAGUGCAUACAGUCCUACAUGAGAAUGAUAGGUACUGUAAUGACCCCGAACUUCAUUAAUAACUCAACUAUGGAGAUAUCUCUGUGGUGCACUUGUGAAGGAAGUGGAGACCAGGAGGAUGACUGCAAGAACAUUCUCUCAAUGUUUACCUCUAACAAGUGUCUAAAAAGUGCAAUCAAGACGGAGAUUAACAACAGCGACGCAAUGGAUAUAGAUCCUAAACCGGCAGAUCCUUUUACAGACAAAGCAUGCACUCUGCCAGUUUUUCCUAUAAUUAAUGAGGCAAAAGGACAUACAAUGCAAGUCCUUCCUGUCAAGACAAAAGAGGCCUCGAAUUCAGCAUCUGGAGGUUCAUCUCUGCUUUUAACUUCGACAUUGCUGAUUACAACUUUGUUUAGCCUUUUGAAAGUCAUGUUAUCUAUAUGAGCUUAGAUGCACUGCAUCUAAGACCAACGCUACAGAACAAUCAUCAUGGACAUGCUGGUUUUUGCUCACUAUCUAGGUUGGGAAAGAAAAAACACAUGGACAAUUCAUCAGUACGUAAACUGUGUUUUCAGCCUUGUACUAUAUGACUGUUGAUGACUUGCAAAACAUGGUGAUCAACUGGCUUGUGUCAACAACUAACGGCCACCCACCACAAAGACUUGUGAAAAGCAAGACAUCUAGAGAAGGUGUGAAGUGCCCAUAUAUUGACUGUGGAUUGUUGUGGCCAGUAAACUGCAAUUACAGCUUGCUUUACAUUCACACUUGUGACUGGUAAUUCUACUAAAAGGAAGGUAUUGCAAAAUAAAUCUUUAUGGACACCAUGUUGACCUAAUAAAAACCAGGAUCCUGCUCUUCUGCUUGUGUAACUUAAGACUGUACUUCCUAAUAAUAUUAAUGUUAUACAUGU